AUGGAAAAACAAGACCAAAACGAGGAACCAUUACCACCGAGCUACAGUCCCCCGGUCAUAGGAUCUUGCCCGGAGAAUACAGCCAAAGAUAUAACAGCUGCGCCACCACAACAACACAAUCCAGAACAGCCAGAGAAAACAGCAACAGCCUCUCCCUGUAAUGUCACAGACAGCAUUGUUGCAGUGGAGGAAGCCCCGGCCAAGACCGCCCCAGCCCCAGAAGCACCCCGGGUGACGCCCUUGGAACAGCUUAAUGAGGUACCUAAAUUGAUUGACUGUCCCUUUUGCCAAUAUCAGGUCAUGACAAGGGUCAUUGAAGAAAAUUCCUCGCAGACUACUAUCGCCGCCCUGUUAUGCUGCAUCUUCUGCGGCGUCAUCUGUGCCUUUGUUCCCUACUUAUGCAAAUGGGCCCAAGAAUACCACCAUUUCUGCGGUAACUGCGGCGUCAAAGUAGCUAUUCGACCAACCGACGGACCCGUUCAAGUGCAAAGACCAAUGCCACCUCCAAAUUAUCCAGCAGCGCCGACUGCGCCAGACGCCGCAUAUAAAUAA